CACAGAUCUGAAGAACAGAUCCAGACCGAAAAUUCUCGAAAACCAGCGGCCCUCGCGGACGAACUCAAUAUUCUGUUGCUGCGGUUGCUGCUAGGGUCUAGAGUUGGGGUUAGGAUGUCUGUGGAUUCUUUGGUAUGCGUCCACACCAAGGAAGAAGGAUCGAGAGUUGGGUUCCCUGAGUUUAAGCGGAGUCGUAUAGACGAGGUGUGCUCAGCUACUGACGAUGUAGGUGAUGAUGCUCCAUCGAGGUACAAGUUGGCGAUCAGGCGGAAACCGAAGCAGGAGCAUUGGUGGGAUUUUGGGAUGGUGUUCUCUUCGAUAAGUACUGAAGAAGUGACGGUGGAUCUGAUGAAUAUCGAGGAGUGUCUAAUCGAUAGAAGGGUCGCGACCUUGCACGAAAGCAUGGGUAUAGGUAUGAGUUUCGCAUUGGUAGAUUUGAAACUGUAUGGUUUUGGUAAUUUCCCUAAGAUGGAAUGGGAACCUGAAUCUGUAGAUUUCUUUGUCUGUGAUCUCAACGACAGGAGCUAUCCCUACGAAUUUUGCAAGGCAGGUCAGCUGAAUGGACCUAAGAUAUGUCCUAUUGUUAUUCCUUUCCCGGAAACAAAGCAGAUUUUAAUCAUCGCAACUGGUCGUUUUCGAUGUGGAGAUGGUCGAGAGCUACCCGUAAAGGGUCCGUAUUGUGAGCUUUUAGAUCUCCCAUCGGAAGACAACGGAGGCCUGUAUAAAUGUAAAGCUAUAUCUACCCCUUGGGACGACACCUAUGGUUCUGUUUACCUUGGUACUCCUGAUUCCAAGGCUCAUGCUGUGGUAGGGAACCUUCUCUAUAUCCAGAUUAUUGCUGGCGAAUGGAAUUUUGAGCUACGUCUGUUCUGUUUCGACAUGAAGACCCAUAAGUGGUCCGAAGUAGAAGCACGUGCACAAUGUCCUUUUCUACAGCCCCUUGAUGGAUUCUGGAGAUCUUUGAAUGAUAUUUCCAGGGACAAAUUGUUUGUAGCGCAUGUUGAUAGAUCUGAUUCCGAGUUAACGCUCUUCGUUGGGGUUACGAGUUUGGCGGAUUUGAGUAAGAAGACUUGCCAUGGAAAACUAGAUCAUCGUGAGCAUCUCAAAAGGAUUGUCACAGCUCUGCCAACGCUAGAAAAACUUCUGACUGAUAAAUACUCCGAGUAUAUUAGUGGUGCGGGGUGGGUGAUGCCUUUGUUGCCUGAUGAUGAUAACUCGUUCUGUCUCUUUCUGUGGUUAGAAGGUUCUAGUAUAGCUGAGCACCUCGUGGCCUGCAAGUUUAAGUUGUGGGAAGGCCAGCAGCAGAACUCUGAUGUUGCUGCCAUGGACGCUGACAAUGAUAUUGGUACCCCUCGCGAAUCAAGCUAUGACUGUGAGAUCAUGUCGCAUACACUAUAUGCAGACCCUUUCUUACUGGAUCGUAAUCCAUUGUAUGCCUUUACUCCUGCUGCCAACUACCCUGUGCAAUCUCUGUAGACUUGUUGAUAUGGACUUCCAGAGGGUAUUGUCAUUGUGCUAUUAUUGGUGCUGUUCAUCAUGUUGGCCAAGAUGCUCUCUACAACUGGUUAUGCUGCCAAAGCCAAAAGGAAUCCUAAUCCUAACAAUAAUAUAUGGAGGUUCUUUGCUCGAACCCCCUUAAUCCCUCUUUUCCUCCUGUAUGCGCAGUCCACGGAAGGAUACUUUGGUAAAUAUAUCUGUACAAUUAUUGACUGAACUGGGCUAGGCCCAUUCUUCUUUUUCUUGCAAACUUGGGACACGGAGAAAAUUGAACGGACAUGGAGAGAAUUGAGCCGGAGGAUUCUUUUGGAGGACAACCACAGCACUUGAGCGGCACAGAGUAGAAGCUAAUUAUAUGAGCACCAAUAUUUAUGGGGUUAAUUCACCACUGCCAAUCCGAAUAAUUAUAUAGGGUUUGUUAAAAAAAUUUAGGCGGCUAUUUGGUAGUUUCAAGGCCGAAUUCCAAACACCAAAAAAAUAAAACCAAAACCAAAAAAUAAAUACCUCAUUAAGCUAAUCUUUCACCCCUAAACUUUCAUGAUUUAGUCAUGGCGAUACUUGAACGAUACUUCAAUCAUACCAUCACACAAAUUCAUAUUUUAUUGUUGUCACGGUACAUCAACUGAUUCCAGUCAUAAAAUCGGCAUGAAUACCAGCGAUCAAUGCAGUCAAAAGCGGGAUUCUACCUAGAAGCGGUUGCGUGACCUAGAAGCGUAAAACUGUAAACUUUUAAGUUUUAAAGCUAAGGUUUUGACUACAUAGGUAAGGGAAAAUCACCAUUCUACAUAGAAGCG